UUCCAGUCAGCCGCGCGCGGAUUGAGUCAAGUGAACCUACCGAGAGGUGGUGUUGACCGACCGCAGCAGGUUUUCAGUAAGAAACCUGAACAAUCUAACUUCAUUAAGUAACUGACAGUAACGCCACGGCCUUCUCUUUUUAACGGAAGGGUCAGCGGUGCCGCAGUCAAGGCGACGCGACAGAGAGAAGAAAGUAGAUCCCGGAGGGAAAGCGCCCGAAGUGAGCUUGAGGAUCAAAGCUAAUGCUAAGCUAGCCAGCCAUUGCUUAAUAAUUACACGGAAACUCGUGUCAUUUCAUUCCUCGCUUGCUUUGACAUAACCGCUGUGGUUAUAAAGUAGAUAGUUAAGGGGGAGUUGAUAAGUUAUAUGUUACGUUUAACUAAAAUAGCGAGGUGUUUUGCCUUUACAUUCUAGGCCACAAGCGACUCGUAGUCACUUAGCAAGAGUACCGUUAGCUCAGUAGCCGGUCUCAUUGAGGUUACACCGGCUCUGCGGUCUUCGGGACAGGCGAUAUCGCUAAAGAUCGUUAGCUUUCAAAGCAAGUGAAGUAUCAGUGUUUGUAAGUUAGCUUAACCGUACAAUUGGUAGUGUCAACGCAUUUUGCUUUGCAAUGCUGAAACAACAGCAGCAACCCGGCUCAGGCGGGAGAAAAGCGUCCAACGGAACCUCCUCGGGCCCUGGUGUGUCUCCUCCAGUCAGCGGCAUCAACAGCGGCAACAGGACACCGGCCGGGAGGAAUCGGACUUCUGUAAAGCCAUCAUUCCAGUCGUCUCCUGUGUUCGAGGGAGUGUACAACAAUGCCAGAAUGCUUCACUUCCUCACAGCUGUUGUCGGUUCCACCUGUGACAUACGAGUGAAGAAUGGCAGUGUAUUUGAAGGCAUAUUCAAGACUCUCAGUUCUCGGUGCGAGUUGGCUGUGGACGCUGUACACAAGCGCAGUGAGGAGCAGAGCCCAACAUCACUUCUGCCAAGGAAGGAGGACAUCACUGACACGAUGAUCUUCAGCCCCUCAGACCUUGUGACUAUGAUCUGCAGAGACGUUGACCUCAACUUUGCUACCAGAGACACCUUCACAGAUACAGCCAUCAGCUCCACUCGCGUCAAUGGAGAUCACAAGGAUAAGGUUUUGCAGAGAUGGGAGGGAGGAGACAGCAACGGAGAGAGUUACGAUCUGGAAAAUGAUGCAUCCAAUGGUUGGGAUGCCAAUGAGAUGUUCCGUUUCAAUGAAGUGAAAUAUGGAGUCACGUCAACAUAUGAUUCCAGCCUUUCCAUGUAUACUGUGCCGCUGGAGAAGGGCAACUCUGAUGUGUUUCGUCAGAGGGAGGCACGUGCCGCUCGCCUGGCCAGUGAGAUCGAGUCCAGCCCCCAGUAUCGCCACCGUGUCGGCCUGGAAAAUGAUGAGGGCAAAAGUGAGGAGGACAAAUACAGUGCUGUGGUGCGGGACGGCAACGAUCGCGAGAGGGGCCGUGAAAGCCCCCGCGACAGAGAGCGCGAACGGGGCCGGGACAGCCCCGGAGCCAGCACCAGAGAGGGCAAGUACAUUCCAUUACCUCAACGACAGAGAGAGAUGAACCGGGAGCGAGCUGAGAGAGGUCCCGGUGGUCCUCCACCCCACAAUCGUCUAAGCGGAGGUUAUCGGUCCAACCCUCCAUCAUCCUCCUCCCCCAGACCCCCACUGCCCUCUGCUGCUGGCCCCCAGUCUGGCAUCUCCCCCUCAGAGAGAAACAGCCCCCUGUCAGGCCGAGGUGGAGCCUACGCUCCCCACCACCCCCAGGGAAGCCCAGGCCCGAACACACCCGCCUCUCAAGGAGGACCAGCACCCACGCCAGCCUCUGCUUCUGCUGCUCCAUCUCCAUCCAGCCCCCCCGCCCCACACGGACAUACGGUCCCUCAUUCCCACUCACUCCCACACUCGCUGUCUGAUGCUGGCAGGCCUGUUAAUGGAGUCUCCAGAACAUCUCCUAAAGCCCAAAGACCUCCACAGUCGAGCAGAACAAUCCGUGCUUCAAACUCGCAUGCUCAGUCCACAGCUGCUCGUUCUCCUAAAUCAGGUUCUUCCCAGGACACGCCUUAUUUGGACACAUCGUCUGUCUCCAUGCCUCCCCAUAAGGCGUCUGGCCCCGCCCCUCUCUUCCCCGUCGAUGUGAAUGAGAUCCUCGGCGCAAAGGAACGCGCCGCCGAGAUCCAGAGCAGCACAGAGGACGGCAAGAAUAGUAAAGCUCCCUCUGUCCAGCAAAGGUCGCAGAUUGAGGAGCUGCGUAAAUUUGGCAAGGAAUUCAGGCUCCAGCCGAGUGGAGGCAGCUCUAGCUCGCCCAGCUCCCCAGCGACCGCUACUCCACCUGCCGUCGGCGAGGUAGCCCAGCGCUCGCCACCAGACGCUCACCCUGCUUCAGAGCCCAAAGCUCAGGCUCCGGCUCCCGCUGCUUCCCAGCACCAACCUCAGCCUUCAUCAGCCCCCGCAGAGGACGCCACCAAGGACGCUGCAGCUACAACAAGCGCCGGCACGGCACCCGUUUCAGACAGGCAUUCCCCCGCCACCCCGCAGCCAGCCAGGACCCCAGGGAGCGAGGAGGCCAGGUCUGAGUCGACAGAGGGCGUGGCAGACCAAGUAAAGAAAUCAACCUUAAACCCCAACGCUAAAGAGUUCAACCCUAUUAAAGCUCAAAUGCCGAUGACGAAGCCCAACACUGCGCCCACCCCUCCUCGGCCAACUCCUCCAAGCCCAGUGGUCCUUCAGCACCCCGGCGGACAGGGUCCACUGUACAACACCCCCUACCUCUCCUAUGUGUCGCAGAUCCACUCUGUGCAGCCCCCACCAAUGUACCAGUACACCAUGUCUACAGUCAGCCAGGGAAAAUACCCCAGGACCAAAGGCCAAGUAGUGGCGCAGCGUUCUGACCACGGUUCUUCGGCACCGCCCAUGAUGCAAGCUGCGUCAGCAGCUGGGGCCCCGCUGGUAGCGUCCCCCUACCCUCAGUCCUACCUCCAGUACAACCCUCAGCAGUACAGCCAGCAGCAGGUCAUCCAGGCCAUGACACCCUACCCUGGACAGCCGAUGUACUCCAUGCUGCAAGGUGGAGCUAGGAUGAUAGGUCAAGGUGGGGGUCCCCACCCACAAGCCAUGGGACCCCCAGGAGGCCCCCAGUUCUCUACACAGGGAGACGGAUCUCAGGGACCACAGCAGGGCAUCUACGCUCAACAGUCCUUUGCCCACCACUCGGGUGCAGUUCAUCAGCCCCAGCCCUCCAUCACCCCGACAGGCAACCAGCCCCCUCCCCAGCACGCUGCACCAAGCCCUGGACAGAAUGCCCAGUCAGGCCCUCAGCCCCAGUCCUUGUACCACUCAGGUCCCCUGUCAGCACCCACCCCACCCAACAUGCCGCCGGGCCACACGUCUCCACAAGCCUCUUACCCCAUUCAAGGCUACAGCAUCCACAGCCACCAGGGUAUCCCACAAUCGUACCCCCUUGGACAGAUAGCACAGGCCCAUGUACAGGGAGCCAUGUCGGGUUCCCACCACUCGGGGGGCCACGGUCAGCCCCAGUUAGUGAUGUUGCAGCCGCCUCCUCAGCAGGGCCCCGGCUCAGUGCCCCAGCAUCCCCAGCAUGGACCACAGCAAGGAGCACACCAACACUUUUACAUAGGACAUCCACAAGCAAUGCAGGUACAAGCGCACCCUGCUUCCUUCCAUCAGCAAGGAAACUAAACCCCAUCUACCCUCCUCCCCACCUCCCAAACUCUUCUUAGGAAUGAGCCCCAACAUCCCUGCCGCCUGCUGGAUGUUGGCCCAAACUGAACGCGACUCAUGAAAAACAAACUGACAGGAUCGUACAGAAAGUCUCGCAGCAGCGUGUUCUUCUGCAACAUUCUUCAGUAACAAACCUCGGUGUCGCCGAGGACCUUUUUAAUGCUAAUGAUGGCCGACCCCUGCUGCCAUCCUGCUCUUCUCUCCAACUUCUUCCCAUUUCAGAGACAUGAGGCACCUUGCUGGGCGGACGAGUCGGAGAGGAAAAUAUACGGAUGAAAGACGGCAGCAGACACCAUCUUCCAGCAGUGUGUUUUUAGCCUUGUACCAUGACACACACGGGAGACAGACUGUCGUGGGAUUCUCACGGAUACAGCAUGAAAGGAGAGGGGAUUUUUAGCAAAUCAUUUCACUUUUUUUGAAAAACUCGAUCCAGUAGUAGAAAACCCCCCUUUGCUUCUUCUCUCCUCUAGGAAAAUAUAAUUAAUAAAAAAAAAUAAAAAUGGACAAGACAAAAAAAAAUAUUAAA